AUUCACCCAUAAUGAACCAGUCUCCAUAGAAAACGUGUUAUUAGACUUUAUCAACACAUUUAACAAAUAGCAGAAUAAAAAUAAAACACCUUCGAUCCGAACUAAACACACACCUCAAAUCUGAGCCGUCCACUUCAUUAGAGAAAACACAAACGUCGCUAUUCUACACCGUAGAUCCUUCAACUGUAUUACCACACGGAUAACUAUUUCCAACCGUCCGAUUAAACAUAAUUAGCCGACGCAUUAUUAUGUUAUAUAAACCUCAACAUCGCCUGCAUAUUCAAAAUUUUUCUGCUAGCUGUUUUAACCUAGAGGGAGAAUUGAAAAGGCAAACCGUUCGUAGUUCAACCCAAGAAGUUUCUUCGAGAUGGCCCGUACGAAGCAAACUGCACGUAAGAGUACUGGAGGAAAGGCUCCCAGGAAGCAACUCGCCACAAAGGCUGCUCGUAAGUCUGCUCCAACAACAGGAGGAGUGAAAAAGCCCCACCGUUACCGUCCUGGAACCGUGGCACUACGUGAAAUUAGGAAAUACCAAAAGAGUACCGAGCUGUUGAUCAGGAAAUUGCCAUUCCAGAGAUUGGUUCGUGAGAUUGCUCAGGACUUCAAGACCGAUCUCCGUUUCCAAAGUCACGCUGUGUUGGCUCUUCAAGAGGCUGCUGAGGCUUACCUUGUUGGUCUCUUUGAGGAUACCAAUCUCUGCGCUAUCCAUGCCAAGCGUGUUACCAUCAUGCCUAAGGACAUUCAGCUUGCCCGAAGGAUUAGGGGUGAACGUGCUUAAGCUAUUUCAAGCUUAUACUACUGUUUCUUUGCCUAUUCUAGUGUUAGUUUUAUGUUCAUCUUUUCUAGGAUUAAUUGAGGAUUAAGAAUAGAUGUUCUUUUGGGAAUGGGGACUGUGGUUUGAUUGUGUAGUUGAACGCAAUGGUGGUGUUUUAUAGAAAAGUAAAACUCUUAUGAAUUCUGUUCUUUUGUGUCACACUAAGUUUGUGUGGAACAUUUAUUUAAUGUAGUUGAUAUUGAGUUCAA